AUGUCGCAGCAACAGAAGAACGAAUUCUCAGAGAAGCUGAUGAUCAGCGCCGAUGGCCAGAAGACGGCUUCGGAGAAGAUUCCUCAGAUCGCUAGGCCCUUUGUCAGCGAGAAGGCGUUGAAGUAUCUCGACAUUGUCGAGAAGUUCGUCGAAGAAGAAUGUAUCCCCGCCGAUGCCGUCUUCCAGCAACAAAUCGGUGACACGACAGCCGAACGCUUCAGUGGACACCCAGCCAUCAUUGAAGACCUCAAGAAGCGUGCAAGAGAACUAGGACUAUGGAACAUGUUCCUCCCAAGGAACCACUUCAAGGAGGGAGCUGGCUUCAGCAACUUGGAGUACGGACUGAUGGCCGAGUACCUGGGCAAGAGUCGCACCGCCUCCGAGGCCACCAACUGCGCCGCCCCUGACACUGGAAACAUGGAGGUCAUUGCCAAGUACGGAACACAAGCACAGAAGGACAAAUGGCUCAAGCCGCUGCUGGAGGGCGAGAUCCGUUCUGCUUUCCUCAUGACCGAGCCUGAUGUUGCCUCGAGUGAUGCCACCAACAUCACUCUGGAGAUCCGCAAGGAGGGCAAUGAAUACGUUCUCAAUGGCUCUAAAUGGUGGUCAUCUGGUGCUGGUGACCCACGCUGCAAGAUUUACAUCACAAUGGGCAAGUCGGACAAGAACAACCCCAGCCCCUACAAGCAACAGAGUGUUGUCCUCGUACCAGCAGACACCCCCGGAAUCACUAUCCACCGUAUGCUGGGUGUCUUUGGCUACGAUGAUGCUCCUCACGGUCACGGUCACAUCUCUUUCAAGAACGUUCGCGUACCUCUGGACCACAUCGUUCUUGGCGAGGGCCGUGGUUUCGAGAUUAUUCAAGGCCGCCUUGGCCCUGGUCGUAUCCACCACGCCAUGAGAAGUAUUGGUGCUGCCGAGAAAGCUCUCGAGCUCUUCGUCGCCCGCCUCAACGACCCCCGCAAGAAGGCUUUCGGUAAGCUCCUGAACGAGCAUGGUGUAAUGAUCGAGCGUAUCGCCAGAUCUCGCGUCGAGAUCGACUCCGCCCGUCUCUCUGUCCUCAACGCUGCAAUCACAAUCGACACCAAGGACGCCAAAUUCGCCCUCAAGGAGAUCGCUGAAGCCAAGAUCCUUGUCCCCACCAUGGCACUCAAGGUCAUCGACCGCGCCAUCCAAGCAUACGGUGGUGCCGGUGUAUCACAAGACACACCGCUAGCAAACAUGUACGCUCAAGGCCGAACCAUGAGAAUUGUAGAUGGCCCCGAUGAGGUACAUUUGCUGCAAUUGGGCAGGAAUGAGAACAAGAGGGGCAAGUUCUUGCUGGAUAGGUUGGCAUGGCAGAAGAAGAAGAGUGAGGAGAUGGCUUCCAAGCAUGGUAUUAAGCUCAGAGAUGUUCUGCAGCUUGACCGUGUCAUGUCUGAGAAGGCUAAGCUCUAG